UGAGCUAACUGGAAAACGGUGCCUGGACUCCAGUACUCUCCGAUAUGGUAUUAGAAUCGGAACAACUCCAGAAGCUCAGAAGCUGAGAAGAACUGGAGAGCAACAGCCGACAUGAGUUUGUUUGAAGAUCAAUACAAACUUCAUCAGGAUUAUCGAGCUUUUUCUCCUCAGUCUCUUUAACUAAUACAGUGUUUCACCAUGUCGGCUACUAGCUGUCUGCUGUCUGAAGAGCAGUUUUUGUGCUGCAUCUGUCUGGAUGUUUUUACUGAUCCGGUCACUAUACCAUGUGGACACAAUUUCUGCAAAAACUGCAUCACACAGCACUGGAAUAUUAACAGUUCUCAGUGCCAGUGUCCCAUGUGUAAAAAACUUUUUAAAUCCCGCCCCGAGCUGCCUGUCAACACUUUCAUAAACGAGAUGGCUGCUGAGUUCAGACAGUCGGCUGAAAAGAAAAACAACAGGGAUUCCCAAGUAGCCAAACCAGGGGAAGUCCCCUGUGACAUCUGCACUGGAACCAAACUGAAAGCUAUGAAGUCUUGCUUGACAUGCAUCGCCUCCUACUGCAGUAUUCACCUAGAUCCUCAUAUGACAUCUGAGCCUCUGAAGAGACAUUCACUGACCGAUCCUGUGGAAAAUAUGGAGGCCAAGGUGUGUAAAAAGCACAAAAAAAUACUCGAGCUGUUCUGUAAGACCGAUCAGACAUGCGUGUGCUCACACUGCACUGUUUCAGAACAUAUGGCGCAUAACAUUGUUUCUCUGAAAGAUGAAUAUCAAGUGAAGAAGCGCGAGCUGGAGCAGACAGAAGCUGAAAUCCAGCAGAUGAUCCGGGAGAGGAAGCUCAAGAUCCAGAAAACGGAAAACAUAAAAGCGCAGAGUAAGGAAGAUGCAGAGACGGAGAUAGCGGACGGUGUUCGCAUCUUCACCAAGUUGAUGCAGACGGCUGAGAGAGACCUGAACGAGCUUAUCGAGACCAUUGAAGAGAAGCAGAAGACGACAGAGGAGCAGGCCGAUGGCUUCAUCAAAGACUUGGAACAAGAAAUCUCUGCACUGACAAAGAAAACGACCCAAUUACAGCAGGUUUCACUCACUCAAGACCAUCUCCACCUCCUCCAGAGCUUCACAUCCAUGACCACUGCUCUGUGCAGCACCACGCCAGGGGUCAGCAUCCAUCUACCGUCGUAUCAGGGCACCGUGGCCAAAGCUGUGGCCGAGCUGGAGAAGACGCUCAGCGGAGAGAAGGAGUACCUGCUGUACGACGCCAUGCUGAGGAGGGCCCAGCAUUAUGUCGUAGAUGUGGUUCUGGAGCACCGUACGGCUAACCCCUGGCUCAUCCUGUCUGAUGAUGGGAAACAGGUCAGGUGUGGUAAGGCGAGGAGAGACUUCCUGUCGGACAACGCUGAAAGAUUUUCUCUUUAUGCUGCCGUCUUGGCACAGCAGAGUUUCUCUUCUGGAAGGUUUUACUACGAGGUUCAGGUGACAGGGAAGACCGACUGGACUCUGGGCGUGGUCAAACUGUCAGUCAACAGGAAGGAGGUGAUCCCACUAAGUCCUGUGAAUGGCUACUGGGCCGUGGGGUUGAGGAACGGACACGAGUUCCUAACUUACGCCAGCCCUGUCGUCAGCCUCAGUUUGAACUCUCGGCCUCAGAAGGUGGGGGUGUUUGUGAGUUACGAGGAGGGUCUGGUGUCCUUUUAUGAUGUGGACACUGUGAAGCAUCUCUACUCCUUCACUGACUGCUGCUUCACUGAGAGUGUCAGUCCAUACUUCAGUCCUGGGCUUCAUCACGAUGGCAGGAACUCUGCCCCUCUCAUCAUCUCCCCUGUCAGCAACACUGUGUAGAAUCUAUCUGUAGGGUUGGUUCACCAAUCAUCACCAUGGUACAUCCAUAAGAAUGUAGGAGGGACAACCAAGGUUAUUAUAGUUCACGAAAACUGACGAAAUAACGAAAACUAGAAUUGAAAUAAAAAUAAAACAAGAGUUUUUAAAAAACUAACUGAAACUGUAGUGUGUGGCUACAAAACUAACUAAAAUUAUAGUGAAAAUGUCCUUUGUCAACUUUUUUCAUACGUAAACCUUUUUGGUUGAUAUGAAAUCUAUUUCAUCUAUCUGGUUUUAUGACUUAAACUUAUUGGGGCUGAGAUGGAUCAGACAAAGGAAAUAAAGGAAACAUUUAUUGUGACUUUUUGAAUCUGGCAUUCAACAAAUACCCCAUUACAAAAAAAACUAAAAACACUAAAACUAAUAAAAACUAAAACUAGCAAACUCCCUCUAAAUACUAAUUAAAACUAACCUAAUUUGAAAACAAAACUAAAAACUAUCAUAACCUUGGGGACAACUGAUGUUUCUGUUUAAGCCAUUUAUUUUUACUAUGCACACAUUUACAGCAAUAGGAGGUGAUGAGGCUCGGCAGUUAUGGUUUUCUAUAAAUGAUAAACAGAAAAACAAACAAGAAUUACAACACAGUUAACCAUUAGGUACCUAACAAACAAUGAAUAUUAGUACUCUAACUAGAAGUAUUACAUAACAAAGAAACAUCGUUUAACAAUUACAUCACAUAUGAAAUAAGGAUUUUUGCAUUUCUUUAAGAGCUACAUUUAAAAAAAGUCAUGUGCACUUAUACACAAUAUUAUGUCUGUAGUCUCGAGGCAAACAAACAAGAUGACAAUUAUAGCAUUUACCAAUCUAUAUUGGUCAAACAUUGAAUCACAUCCAACCUACAAAUAACCAUUAAAGUAGAUCAACAUAUGACACACAACCAUAGGUAUGUAUGUGAAUCACAGGGACAGGCUGCUUCAUGUUGCUGCCAGCCAGAACAAAGGAAAUGGGCGGGACAUAUAGAGUAGAGCAUUGAUUAGUAUUGAGUGAAGUCAGGUGAGAAUGGGUGGAUCCAUGCCAUGGAAGUAGGUUGAGGGUUACUGAAUAACAUGGCUCUAUUCUACACACUGAUUAGAUAUGAUGAGAAAGUCCAAAGGUCAUUAUUGAGUCACCAUUACUUAAAGACAGACAAACAACAAGCAACACAUUUUAUGUCUGUAGUGUAAGCCAGCUGUUCUCAACCUUGGGGUCGGGACCCCAGUUGGGGUCGCGAGAUGAUUUCUAGGGGUCGCCAAAUCAUUUUGGAAGUCAGCUCUGUCUCCACUGUGUUAAAGUGUUCAUGUGUUAAUGUGUUUUAGUCUUUUUGGUCAUUUAUUGUCUUUUUUUUUUUUGAUCAUUUUGUGUUUUUUUUGUCAUUUUGUGUCAUUUUUGGUCAUUUUGUGUCUUUUUGAUAAUUUUCUGGUCAAUUUGUGUCUUUUGGUAAUUUUGUUUACUUUUUUUGGUAAUUUUGUUUCUUGUUGGGGUCAUUUUGUCUGUUUUUUUUGGUCAUUAUGUCUCUUUUUUGGUCAUUUUGUUUCUUUUUGGGGUCAUUUUGUCUCUUUUUUGUCAUUUUGUGUCUUUUUUUGGUCAUUUUGUGUCAUUUUUGGUCAUUUUGUUUCUUUAUUGGGUGAUCUGAACUGUGUGUGUGAGAUUCCGUUCAGUGAGCGGGGGUCGCAGACAACAUGCAUGUUAAAUUGGGGGUCGCGACUCAAAAAGGUUGAGAACUGCUGGUGUAAGCAAUACUAGAAGGGAGGGCCCUUUGAUUUAUUUUUCUUUCUGUAGAUGUAUAUAUAUUAUUAGGCUGUCUCUUCCUUACAAUUGUUAAUUUGUAGAACCCAUAUGUUACAGAAGAGGUGUGGGUUAUAGUUUUUAUGCUUUAGCUAUGAGGAAUACUAUGAGGGAUGACGCCAGUGUUGUGCCUGAAGUGGAACAGAGUUGAUGAACUUAAGAGGGUGUGAAGGAGAAAAAAUAAGGACAGAAAAAAGACAGAGCAAGAGGCCGCUGGACUAAAGUAAAUCUUGGACUGGCUUCGCUGUAGAAGAGGUAAUUUUACAAAGUGCUGCUAUGAUAAUUGCUGCACUUGCUUGGAUGUGUUAGCCAAGUUGUCAAAUCACUAGUUUUUUUUAUUAAGUCAAGUAAUCAUAGCAUACACAUAAACAUGUACAGUAAUAAUGGAUGGAUUGAAAUCUUCAAAUUCAGUUUAGAUCAUUACUGUCAACUAUUCAAUCAUCUUCAGAAUCUGAACCCUUUAAAUGCUAGUUUACAUAACGCCCCUUUUGGUACGAAAAAGUUAAUUUUUUUUCUGUAAAUAUAU